UCCUGCCGCCCGCCGCUCCCCGCGGGACCGACUCCGGGGGGGAGCAUCGGGGCCGCUAUAAAUCGGGGGCGCGGCGGGCGGCUCCUGCUCCUCCUCGGCGAUGCAGCGGCUCCUCCUGCUUCUCCCGCUGCUCGGCACGGCCGGUGCCCUGCCCGCCCUCCCCCGCCGCCGGGGCGCCGCGCCGCCGCCCGCCCCUUACCUCACGCGCUACCUCAGGCAGCAGAUUGAUCACUUUGGAUUUGAUGAAAAUCUUACAUUCCAGCAGCGUUAUCUUAUAGCAGAUCAGCACUGGAAGAAAGACAAUGGACCAAUACUAUUUUACACGGGCAAUGAAGGAGACAUCACGUGGUUCUGCAACAAUACGGGGUUUAUGUGGGAUGUUGCUGAAGAGCUUAAUGCCAUGUUAGUAUUUGCUGAACAUAGAUAUUAUGGAGAAUCUUUGCCCUUUGGGAAUGAGUCUUUCAGCGAUUCCAAGCAUCUGAAUUACCUGACUUCAGAACAAGCUCUGGCAGACUUUGCAGUACUAAUUGAGUACUUAAAGACGACCAUUGCAGGAGCCCGUUACAGUCCUGUCAUAGCUAUAGGAGGAUCCUACGGAGGAAUGCUUGCAGCCUGGUUUAGGAUGAAGUACCCCCAUGUGGUAGUUGGAGCUCUGGCAGCCUCUGCCCCAAUCUGGCAGUUUGGUGAUUUGGUUCCGUGUGGCACUUACUUCAGCAUAGUGACCAAUGAUUUCAAAAAGAGUGGGACAGGCUGCUCAGAAAGCAUCCGGAAUUCCUGGAAUGCCAUUAACCGUCUUUCCUCAACAGAUGCAGGUUUACAGUGGCUUUCCAGCACAUUUCAUUUGUGCACCCCAUUAAAAAAUCUUCAGGAUGCUGCUGUAUUGAAAAAUUGGCUGAGUGAAACAUGGGUAAACUUGGCUAUGGUGAACUAUCCCUACAAAGCUGACUUCUUGCAGCCUCUGCCAGCUUGGCCUGUACAGGAAGUCUGCAAGUUCUUGAAAGAUCCCAGUAUCUCUGACAAAUUGUUGCUGCAGAAUAUUUUCCAGGCAGUAAAUUUAUAUUACAAUUAUUCGGGAGAAGCCUCAUGCUUAGACAUGUUGGAGACUGCAACAAAGAAUCUGGGACAGUUGGGUUGGUACUAUCAGGCUUGCACCGAAAUGGUGAUGCCCAUGUGCACAGAUGGCAUCAGUGACAUGUUUGAGCCUGAGAAAUGGGACUUUGAUGCACUUUCAGAAGAGUGUUACAGGCUGUGGGGAGUAAGACCUCGUCCCUCUUGGAUUCUUUCUAUGUAUGGAGGGAAAAACAUCAGUUCACACAGCAACAUUGUCUUCAGCAAUGGUGGCCUGGACCCCUGGUCUGCAGGUGGGGUGACUCAGAACAUCACCGAUUCCCUCGUGGCAAUUGUGAUCCCAGAUGGAGCCCAUCACCUAGACCUACGCAGCCGCAACCCUUUGGACCCCAGAUCUGUGCAGCAAGCUCGAGCCUUGGAAAUCUGCUACAUGAAGCAGUGGAUUAAGAAGGCCAGGCACAGCCACUGAAGUGGUACUGCAACGACUGUGGCCAUUAUACCUCUGCUGGCUUUGCUGGGAGUAGGGCCAAGCGUUAUCACACAGUCAUUUGAACGUUUCACUCCUGCUUCCUCACCCGUGUUGCAGUGCUAACUAUUGCUUGUGCCCAUGAGAGAAGCAGGCAGCAGAUAGAUGGAGAGCAUUCUCAGAUAAUAAACUUUAGUCAAAAUGCAUGGAUUGAGCUGCCUGCUCUGGCUUGUUUUCCUCUUCUGCUCUUCUCAAAUGCUUUACCAUAAAGAGUUCCUGUUUUAGGCUUGAUGCCUUCCUUGCUGAGCUAGGUGGUGGUUGUCCUGACUGCUGGUAUAUACUGUGGAUUAAAUGGCAGUGCUGUUGAUGAAACUCCUGCUGCCUUCAGUGGGACUGAAUUUCAGGCACCCUUGGAUGGUAUAAACUGUCCGGGCAGGAGCACAGAGAUAAUGAAGAAACAGAAAUCACAUCUUACUGUGAUGUUUGGUGGAGAGAUAGGGAAGGCAUGGGGAAACUGGCUGUGUUCUUUGUAAAGAAACUAAGCAGUCCUUACCCUUUGGAAUCAGUGCUGGAAAAGAAGUAAAUAUCUUAUUUUUCUUUUUUCUUUUCUCCACACCCCCCCACCCCCCCCAUGCCCCCCCAGUUUUCUGGCAGUUUAUUAAUCAAAGCUGCCUCAGGUGGCUUUUCCAUUCUAUGCUGUACUGAAUGGUCAGGGCUGGGCCCAGACUCACUCUGCUGAUAACUGGCUGAGCUUGCACAAUCCGCAUCAGGGUUUUAUUUCUUCCUUUGCUGUUUGUCCUAAUUCUGAAAUAUCUGCCACUGUGAUGACAGUUGCCAAAGAAAACUCUGGAUAUAUUUUUUUGUGUGUGUGUAUGUGUAUAUGUGUGUAUCCCCCACAAACACUUAGCUUUUUCAAAUUGGGAAGCUUUCGAAGCUAUUCUCUUGAAGAGACACUUGUGCUGGCUAGAUCUUAUGAAGUGACAAAUAAUUGGGGCUGUGCCUUGUGUGGGUUCCUCCCUCCCUCCCAUUCUGUGUAUUGUUCAAAUUCUGCAUGAUCUGUUUGCUGAUGGGUCUUCAAUAAAAGCCUUUUUAAAAAAAUUGUUUGCGGGACAAACUAUUGAAAACACAGAAUGCAGCUAUCCUCUUGGAUCAGCCUAAAGCCUGAUGCUGAGCUCAACGAGCCAGGUGCACUGGGCUUUCUGUAAGGCUUCCAAAACAGACAAACUGCCCUGAUUCAUGAGACAGCAUAUUUGACAUUAAUAAAUGGCUUGGGGCAGUCCCCUCGUUUUCAUUCACACUGAAGCCCUUCUUCAGAAAGGAUUCUUUGCAGUUUAAAGGACAACUCUGUUUCAGAAACACUCGGGCAAGGCUUCUUGUCCCCAGACUCUUAAAAUUCCAAUUCGGUUGAAAAGUUUUCUCAGCUUUGGUGAUAUGCCUGAUAGUUGAGUAUUUUCCUAAGACACCAGGUGGCCUUCUCUGUUUCCAGUCUCCUCCCAUCCUCUGGGAAGAAAGUGAACCCAACACUGAAAUUUUGUCUUUUAAAACACUCCUGUGCAUCUUCUUUCCAAUAGUUGCAGGCAUUUCCUCGGCUUGUGUUGAAUAUGACAUUUAUGUUCAGACUCCACAAUCUGAACCUCAUGCUCUUGAGCAAGGUAAUUACUUAAGAGACUAUAGAGAAUAAGACCAAAGAAGAACCACAGGGGGAAGGGAAGAUCUAUGUAGAAUUUGCCUGACCCCUGCUGACAAUCAUUUUUCCAAGAGUUUUGAUUUUUGGUACUCUGCUAUAAAUAUAUUCCAGUCUGUUACUUGUGUACUUUAUAAUGAUAGGGUGACCUUACAUUUUUCUGAAACAAAUAAAAAUUGAUUUUUUAAUCAAGUGGGUUACAGUCAAGUUUAGAAAUACCAUUGUAUCUUCUUAGUGUUAAGUAGGGUAUGGUAAUAUCCUGGUUUACUGCAAGGCAAGGAACGGAAUCUGCAGGAAUAAAAGCAAUUUGGGUAUACAAAUGGUUUACCUGAGCAAGGAAGAGCCUGGUCCAACUGCUCCCACCAAUUUCUCAGGGUGCUACUCCAAGUGCAUAUUCUGCGAUAAACAUUUCUGUGUUGUAUGGAGAAAGACAUGGGGAUAUUAAUGCAUUGGACUAUGAACGGUCCAAAUUAACAGCUACCAUAUAUUGUUAAUCAGAUUGUGUCUCCUCCUCUCUCUCUCUCCCCUGCUAGCUAACGAACUUUCUCAGGAAAGAGCUGCUUUGUUCUUUGGAAAACACUUUUUAGUUUCAAUCAGCAUAAGUAAUUUAAGCUUCCAUUCCUCUUCACUCUUUUCAUGAGCAGAAAAAAAUGCCUUUAAUAAAGCAUAAACCAUGCAGUUCGCACAUUUUGUACAUUUUGAAGUUACAUUUAGAGACAAAAAUUGUUCAGUGUGGCUUUGUUUGUGGGGUUUUUUGUUUAUUUGUUUUUCAAUAAUCGUACUAUUAUUCCAUUCAGUUUCUGUCUGUAAGACUGAUUUAAGUGCAUUUUGCAUCAAGUUCUUCCUGCUUGGACUAGCUUAUGAAUUAGGUGACUAGCUUUCUGUUAUUUCUAAUUGUUCUUCCUUUUUAGUUUUUUUUCCCCUCGAGUAGUUGAAACUUUAGGUCCUACUUACUCUAAGGUUUCAGAAUUUAUCUCUGAGUGCACAUCUCUCUAUGCUACCGAGGGACUGUCUGUGAUGUUUGGCUACCUCAUCUAAAUAUUAGCUCUCCUGCUUGUUUCAUGCAGGUGAGAACAAAAUGGGCCAUGAGAAAUGGCUGAUUUCUCUUUCUAGGUGUAUGAUGAUGGGCUGUGCUUCAUCUCAGGCUUAUGUAUGUCCUUGGCAUGUGUCAUGAAUGAUUGGAAUUUUAAAAUGUAUGUUUUCUACUCAUUGGGGAAAAUACAGAAGGAAGAAGAAUGAAUGAUUUCCCCAAAGCAUGAAUCUUGCUGUUGAAAUUUCAGUUUGUAUCAAUAAAAAAUGCACUAGAAUAAUGAA